GUCGCAAAGAAGCGCAUUGCCCCGCUGGCGCACGAGGGCAGGGCGCCGGGCGGCGCGGGCCCCGCUAAUGGGGGCGACGCGAUAGGCGAACUUUCCCGCCUGCUCAAGAGAGAGGAAGCCCCAGUCGUCCACGUGGACGUGGGGCAACGGCUGAAAGAGAUCAAGCUCGACGAUCUCCUGCCG